AUGGACAAUGUGAUGAGCAGCCUACCCCCCGAUGUGGGGGCAAUCCUGUGGAAGAACUUCGGGAUUUUGCAGGUUGUCUCCAUGUUCGCAAUAGGCGCGUAUAAUGCAGUCGAGACCGGAAUUGUGGCCUUGGAGACCUUUAAACACUACCGUGGUCUAUAUUUCUGGAGUAUGCAAAUCGCUUCCUGGGGGAUUCUACUGCAUGCGAUUCCAGCUAUGAUCCGUUUUGUCUCCGUUGCCCCAAAUCUGCCAAUGUCCAUCCCCUUUAUCAUCGGCUGGUAUGCCAUGAUCACCGGCCAAGCCUUUGUACUUUAUUCCCGCCUCCAUCUCGUCGUCUCCGACAUCAACAAGCUGAGCUGGGUAUUAUGGAUGAUCGUCAUUAACGCGCUGAUCUUCCACAUUCCCAUGACAGUCCUCUUCUUCAGCCUCAGCAAUAACGCGGCCCUCGCCAGUCCAGCCGCAAUAUUCGACCGCAUCCAACUAACAGGAUUCUGCAUCCAGGAUUUCGUCAUCUGCGGCAUAUACAUCCGCGAAGCCCUCCGCGCACUAGGUCCAGUCCUCGAAGUCCGGGGCAAAGAAGGCCGAAAAGUCAUUAUAAAUCUUAUCUGGGUGAACGUGGUAGUCGUGAUACUCAACUGCCUCCUCAUAAUCACCGAAUACAAACUACAUUACAUCGAAGUCAGUUUCAAAACAGCAGUAUACAGCAUCAAACUCAAACUUGAAUUCUCCGUGCUUAACCGUCUCCGCUCGCUCACCCGCACAUAA